AUGGCUGAUCCCACACAUGAGAGUCCAAAUUUCGAUUUUAAGGAUAUAUUUCCUAAUUGUAUCAAGGAGUAUAAUGAUAUUAAAAAAGUAAAGGAUCAAGACGAUUUUAAUUCAGAUGAAUUUUUUCUAGUAUGCCGUAAAAUUGAAAGGCAAUUAGAAAUUAAAAUGGAUAAUUUUAAAUUGUUUUGUGUUUUCUUUAGUAACUACUUGCAACAUAUAAAUACAAAAGGAGGGAUUGAAAAAGAACCAUAUUGUAAGUAUUUCAAUUACCUUAUAAAAUAUUUACUAUAUAAUCAUCCAGGAUCAUCUUGUUCUGAAGAAAGAGACUGUUAUAAUAAAAUGAUAAACAUAUUCGAAGGAGAUAGAAAGAAUGACAUGAAUAUAUGUGUUCCUUAUGUAAAUGAUCUUGAAGAAAACGUAUAUAAAUUAUUGGAUUAUCUGAAUUACCUUUAUAAUUAUCUUGAAAAAUUAAGAACACACUAUAUAACAUGUGAAUCCAAUACCCAUUGCUUUCAAAAUUAUACAGAUUUCUUAAGAAUGUGCAAAGAAAUGAAUAAUAAUAGUUUAAAAGUAGUGAUGAAUAUGGUUAAAGAUGAAUACAAACAAUAUAUUCCAAUAGAACCUGAAACCAUACAUAUCACGAAGAAGUUACAAUCAUCCUCUAUGAUAAGUGCACCAAAGGUGAUUAUAAUUGUAUGUAUUAUUACACUUACAACAACGUUUAUUCCGUUUAUUCUGUUUAAGGUUAAUAAUAAAUUAUAUCUAUAUAUUAACACAUCUUGUCGCUUAUAUAUAGAAAAAAUGAUAAGGAAGUUAAAAAAAUUUUGGCACAAAAAAAGUAAACAAAAUUUAAAAUUAUUAAAUCAAUUUGAAAAUGAUUUUGAAGAAUUAAUGGAUAAAAAUUCACAAAUAAUAUAUAACACUUUAUACUACCCCUAA